CCCCUCUUCCAUCCAGUUCUCUUUAGUGUUUGCCAAUGUUGGAGGUGUUACUGGGGUCUGGCCCUGGACAAAGGAAUAGAGCAUGGCUCAAGUGAAAGUACAGACCGCAGCACCCCUGGCUGGUCCUGGCCUCUCCCCUAGUGUUACCCCAACGGCCAUGGCCAGCCCAGGAUCCCUGGGUCUGCAGCCCUCCGUUAAUGGCACAGGCCCGGCCCCCACACCCGUCUGCCCUGCUCCUGCGGUCGGAUAUGGGGACGCCCCUGUGUCUGCCACGCCACCAGGCCCGCCCCAGGAGAACAUGGCAAACCCUAAAGAGAAAACUCCAAUGUGCUUGGUGAAUGAGUUAGCCCGUUUCAACAGGAUCCAACCACAGUACAAGCUCCUCAACGAGAGAGGCCCUGCACAUGCCAAGAUCUUCACAGUGCAGCUGACUCUUGGGGAGCAGGUGUGGGAGGCAGAGGGCACCAGCAUUAAGAAGGCCCAGCACUCCACUGCUGCCAAAGCACUGGCUGAGAGUGUCCUUCCCAGGCCAGCACCCCGCUCUCCUAAAGUUGACAUCAACAGCAACCCAGGCAGUAUAACACCCACAGUAGAGCUGAAUGGUCUGGCCAUGAAGAGAGGGGAACCAGCUAUCUACAGGCCUUUGGACCCCAAGCCUAUGCCUAACUACAGAGCAAAUUACAACUUCAGAGGGAUGUUCAACCAAAGGUACCAUUAUCCAGUUCCUAAGAUCUUCUACGUGCAGCUGUCAGUGGGGAGUCAUGAGUUUAUUGGUGAAGGACGAACCCGCCAAGCAGCGAGACAUAAUGCUGCCAUGAAAGCCCUUCAGGCCCUGCGCAACGAACCUAUCCCUGAGCGGCCGCCACAGAGUCCAGAGGAAAAAGGAGAAACCGAGGAAGGAACUGACGCAAGCAAAUCAGAGAUCAGCCUGGUCUAUGAAAUUGCCCUGAAGAGGAACUUGUCUGUUAAUUUUGAGGUGUUGAAGGAGAGCGGCCCACCACACAUGAAAAGUUUCUUGACGCGUGUCACCGUAGGGGAGUUCUCUGCUGAAGGCGAGGGCAACAGCAAGAAGCUAUCCAAAAAGCGUGCUGCUCUGGCCAUCCUGCAGGAUCUGAAGAAGCUGCCCUUCAUACCCACUGUGGAGAAACCUAAGACACACUACAAGAAACGCACCAAGACCAUCCUCAAGACAGGACCAGACUACGGUCAGGGCAUGAACCCCAUCAGCCGCCUAGCCCAGAUCCAGCAAGCGAAGAAGGAGAAGGAGCCUGAGUACCAGCUCCUCUCUGAGAGAGGAAUGCCCCGACGUCGGGAAUUCAUCAUGCAGGUGAAGGUAAACAAUGAGGUUGCCACGGGGACAGGACCCAACAAGAAGGUGGCUAAGCGGAACGCUGCCGAGGCGAUGCUGCUCCAGCUGGGAUACAAGGCCUCCACAGUCUCUCAGAACCCCACAGAGAUGGACAACAAAGGCUGGAACGGACAAAAGGCGUCUUUUACCGAAGCGACAAGUAACACCCAGAAGGGUCUGCUCCACCUCAGCCCAGACGUCUAUCAGGAGAUGGAGGCCAGUAGAAAGCAGAGUGGCAGUGCACCAGGCCCUGGGGGCAGCAGUGGAGGAUCUGUUAACUACAUGACAUCCAAAGACAUGGGACCCUGCUCUGCUCCUCUGCCUCCAGGGCAUACUCCAUAUUAUAGCGGCUCACCCUCCUCACCCAGCCCUACCGCCACCAUGGCCAGGGAACUGUUGCUUAAUGGUCAGUCACCCACAACCGAUUCAUCACUACCCAUGAAGGGGAAAAACCUAGCCUGUGGCGUCUCGGUGCAGCCAGCACAGCAGCUGGACUACCUGGCUCGUAUCCAGGGUUUCCAGGUGCAGUACAGUGAUGCACAGAGUGGUAAGGAUUUUGUCACGUAUUUGACCCUCUCCCCAGUGCAAAUGACUUUCCACGGCACCGGGAGCACCCUCCAAGCCAGCCAUGACCAGGCUGCUCUAAGUGCCUUGAAACAGCUGUCGGAGCAGGGACUGGACCCAGUGGACGGCCCCGUCAAGACCGCCGAACCAUGUGGGAGGGAGGACGGACAUUAAACAGACUAACUCAGGCACCACCACUCAGGUCUGCAAGGAUUCAAAGGCUGUCGUCUAGGAGCUGACACACCCCCCCGGAACCCCUCCACCUUACACCCAGAUUCCCCUGAUCCCACAUAACCCUGCAACCCACAUCAUCCCACCUGUACCCUUCUCUUCCUCCCUUCACCCCACGAUUGCCACUGUAUCCUGCAAAACCUGUCAACAUGCAAUAGGGUGGAUGUGCACCGAGAAAUGACCGACUAAAACACCAUUACCUGAGUCUAUGUGAAGACAACGCUAUCUUAACACAUUUAUUGAUGAUUUCAGUCAAAUUUUAGAGGACAAAAUAAAUAGAUUAAAUACAAAACUAAUGAGAUAAUUGCAUGGUACUGUGUGGAAUCAAGGGAAAUCCAAAGUGUAACACUGCAUAGACAAUUUUCCCUUUGGAUCACUGUUGGUAUGGUUAAAACAAAUAUGUACAUCAUGCCAUUGAAAUACAAAAGAAACAUUUUAGGGGAGAAAGCAACUUGCAUACAGUAGCUUAUUUUCCGGGGUAUUACGUUUCCUUUUUCUUUUUUUUUUCCUUUUUUUUUUCCUUUUUGUUAUUUUAUUAAUCUAACAAUGCUUGAGUACUGUAUUCAAAAUUAACCAAUGCCAGUGCUGUGAAAGUUGUAGUUGUUGUCUUCAUAUAUAGUCACCCAGCUUAUCUUGUAUGCUGACAAAAAAAAAAAAAGAGUUCAUCUAUCUAUAUGGAUGUGUAUGACUUUGAAAGAGUAUCAUAUUCCAAAAAAUAAAAAGUAAAUAACACAGAAAAGUUUUUUUUAUGUGGACAAAAAGGACAUAACUGGUGUUAGCAGUAAUCAGUAGAAGUGCUGACCACCCAGGAAGGAGAACUUCCUACGGGGGUCUACCUGUCCCGUUUUAACAUGACCCCACACUGGCAUAGCAUCACUGGAGCAUCGCCUGAACAACAGAGGAGGCAAAGGGGCCACUGCAGUUUUUAACUAAAAUAAAAAUAAAAAAAAACAUUUUAAAAAGAGGCCAGUUUUAAUCAACAGUGACUAGAUGUUUGCGCACAUCCUCUAAUGCCAGUAAACUUUUAAGGUAGAGUCAGAAAUCCAGAUCUGUUUUUUUAUGGGCUGCAUGUUCUCCAGUGAAUGACAAGUUCUCUCCAUUCCAGUGAUUUUGUGUCAGUGGAUUGUCCCCCCCACUCCCCACCCCACCCCUGCCCUCCCAGCCACAGUUUUGUCGAUCAUAUCUACACCCAUUGUGUGUGUUGUAUUGACCUGCCAAGGCAUCAACUGGGUGCUUUUAAUGCCUGCAGUUCUGGAGUGCACCUUUAGGGUGGGAGGGAGCCUGUGGCCGAACAGCAGACUCCCUCCCACCGGAGGCCACUUUUAGAUCAACUUUGUCCACUGACAUUGAGGAUGUGUUUUCUUCUUCGCUGUGAGUGCAAUGUGUAAUAAGGCUGUUUCUGUUACUGAAAUGCAGUAAAAACACCUCAGUUCAUGUUGAAA